AUGGACUCCUCCAUCGGAGCGGGAGUUCCAAUUCACCUGUUUCUCUCCGAAGAUGGCCUCUACGGUGCCCAUGUGAGCGGGAAAGACCUGGUUAUUCAUUCAAGUCCUGCCUCUACCGAAGCCAGGGAAGUGCAAAUCGCAAGACUCAAAGAGUCACCGCCAAAACUCAUCAAGUACUCGCCAACAAGCAAGAUCUUCAGUACAGAUGAAGGCUGGUCGACCUCUGAGCAGCGACUUCUAACCGCCAACGACGCGCGCAUCUCCGUUUGGCAGCCACACCCCCUGCAAAUAUUCGCCGAUAUCGAAAGCAUCGAGCCAGGAUCAUUGAAUGUCGAGUUUGGCGGCGACGGGAAUGAAAUCAUCGUCUUCCAUGCAUGGCAUACCAAAUUAUCCAUUCAUUUCCUGGACACCGGUCGAACCUCAAUGAUCAAGACGCCCAAGUUCUCACAUCCUCUCGGAUUCGGAUAUCGGCCGCAGACGCGACAACUGGCGAUUCUAUUGAAGCCAGAAGCUUCUGAUGUCCUGACUGUGCAUGAGUAUCGAUCUUACGACCUCAUUAACCGUGCAGUACUGUCUACUAUUGAUGCACAGGGCUUGAAAUGGAGCCCCGAUGGGAGAUGGAUCGCGGUGUGGGAUGUUGCCAGUGCCGGGACCAAGGUGUUGGUUUUCACAGCGGAUGGACAGCUGUAUCGAACCUACACUGGUCCCGGCGAGGUGGAUGAGUCGUUUGAUUUGGGCGUGAAACAGAUUGAAUGGAGUCCUGCAGUGGGUCAGAAUGAUACUUGCGACACAUUGGCCGUUGGCAAGGUCAAUGGACAUGUUGACCUGUUGCGAACUCGAACGUUUACAUCCGCCACGACGCUGUCGCAUGUUUUCCAGGUCGACGCUAAUGCUCCCACUAUCUGGCGUGAGCGAUAUAUCAAUGCAGAUGGAGAUGCCGAAUAUAUUGAGGCAUCCAGCUCCUCUGCCUUUAGCAUGAGUCCGGAGUCAUCAGGCCCACCACGAGGCGUUUCCAUUAUGGCGUUCAGUCCCGACGGGAGCCUUUUAGCUACAGUUGAUUCUAUGCGAUCGAAUGUGUUGUGGAUCUGGUCUCUUGAUGGCACGCCUAGACUUGCGUCGGCGCUGAUACAUGAGCAGCCCGUUCGACAGGCUGUCUGGCAUCCGUCCACCGCGCAGCUUUUGAUCAAUACUAUCAUGACAAAUUUGCCCACCGUGCGCUGGUGGUCGCCUGGCCACCAGCCGGUGAUUGCUCGGGUUCCUACUCGCCGCAACGAGAGCGGAAGAUACGAUGUGAAGUGGCUCGUUGGGUCGGAAGAGGAAGCAGUGUUCUGGUUUGGGUCAACGGAGGAGUAUGUGGUGGGCUAUUUGUCUGCAGAGGAUGGGCCAGUGCAGUUUGACGUGCUUAAUCGAGUCCUCAACACUCCUAGCGGGAGUAGUAGUCUCAUGCGAUAG